GCCAGAUAUCCCAUUCGAGAGCCUGGCUCCACAGGAUAUCAAGAGCUUGUAUCUCGAAGCCGCCAUUGCAUUGCUUCAUCUGGUUAUUGCCAGCUUGAUGACUUCGUUCCACCGCAGGUGGUUCGCAGCAUGUGCGCGGAGGCUGAGGCGCUGAGGAACCGAAGUCUAGGUUUUACCAACACCAACAUACACAACCUGCUUCUGGAGACUGAAAUUGAUUCUCGAGAAGGAUCCCCGCGGUCCCAAAUCUUUCACAGCCGCAAGACGUUAGUUGCAAUGAGCCACCUGCCGACCAACAGCCCACUGCGAGACCUUUAUGCUGACACUUCGGUGCGUGAGCUGGUGCGGGAGUGCUUUGGACUGCCUCAGCUCAGCUGCUCUGCCGACCCGCACGGGGGCGUGUAUUACAACUUCUUCGAUCAGGGUGAUGCUCUUGGGUGGCACUGCGACCGCUCCCAGUUCUCAGUGAACCUGAUCUUGCAGACCUCAGAGGGUGGAGACUUCGAGUAUGUGCCCCAGUCUCGGCCCCUAGGCUCUGAGUAA